GUAGGGCACUAGUUAGGACGUAUAGAAGCUACCACUUAAUCCUCAGUGUAGUGCGCUUGUGUAGGGUGGAUGGAGGUUGUUUGGGAUUCAGCUUCGGUGUGUUAGCUUGCUUGGAAGUGCCUGGUAGUUGCAAUCAAAGGUUUUGCCAUGGCAUCGCGGGCCGGACCGAGAGUAGAGGGUACAGAUGGAAGUGACUUUCAGCACCGGGAACGUGUGGCCUCACACUAUCAGAUUAGUGUGGCACUGAAAUCAGAAAUCCGAAAGCUGAACAUGGCUCACGUUGCGCUGUGGGCAUUAGUUUUGGCCCAGGUGGUGGUGAGCCAGCUGAAUUUACUCUCCCACAAACUGGUGGCCAGCCCGUACCAGUGGGAGUACCCGUACCUGCUGAGCAUCAUUCCCACCGUGCUGAGCUUCAUGGCACUGCCGAAGAACACCAGCGGCUACCUGGCCGUGUCCAUGAUCGGCGCUGGGCUGUUUUGCAUAGCGCCCAUCAUCUACGGUGCCAUGGAGAUGUUCCCUGUGGCGCAGCAGCUGUACCGGCACGGCAAAGCGUACCGCUUCAUCUUCGGCUUUUCCGCCGUCUCCGUCCUCUACCUGCUUAUAGUGGUGGCUGUGCAGGUGCACGCCUGGCAGAUCUACUUCAGCAAGAAGCUCCUGGAUGCCUGGUUCAGCACCACACAGGACAAGAAGAAGAAAUGAAACCAGCUGCAAACAUGGACACGGACGACUUGGGGUUUUUUAUGUAUCAUCAUCAUCAUCAUGACCUGAAUUUAUUUUCUCAUCGACUUGAGAUAAUGAGAGAUCAUGCAGAAUGGUCUGAACUUGUGAAACUAAGCUCCCCUGUUCC